AUGACCAUCCGCGCAAAGUUGACCCCCGAGGUGCUACUCUCGGCGCCCCGUAGAUCCGCGGGCAGCCCCAACAGCUCUGGCAAGCUGGUCCUGUAUACCGUGUCGACGUACUCGUUCCAAGAGCACAAGAAGACCAAUUCGAUCCAGGUCCUCGACCUCGAGUCUAACCAUGCCACCACUCUGUACACGGACUCGAGCUACAGUGAGCCGACAUGGGUGGGCGAGACCGAGUUCCUCGUGAUCAAGAGCGGCGAGAAGGGCACGUCGAGUCUCCUUGUCGCAGACGUGAACAGCCCAGGCGCAUCUCCUAAGGAGGUCAGCAAGUUCAGCGGAAGCAUCUCGAACUUGAAGAUAAGCAAGCUCAGCGAUGACACGUUCGCCUUGGCUUGCUCCGCCCUGGUGGACCCCUCCGGAGCAAUCCACAACCCGGAGAACGAGAAGAAGCCGUACUCCAGCGCAAAGGUGUACACCAGCCUCUUCGUCCGGCACUGGGACUCGUGGGUCAACGAGAACCGCAACGCCAUCUUCUACGGCUCGCUCAAGAAGUCCUCGGGCGGCGCAUUCCGCCUCGAGCCGCCAGGCCUGGUCAAUGUCCUGGCCGGCACGCGGCUCCAGAGCCCCGUGCCCCCCUUUGGCGGCACGGGCGACUUCGACAUCGGCCCCACGGGGAUCGUGUUCGUGGCGCGCGACCCGGAACUCAACCCGGCCACGCACACCAAGAGCGAUUUGUACUAUGUGGCCCUGUCCAGCUUCACGCAGGCCAAACCGCCCGCGCCACAGCUCGUCAAGACGGGCAAGCUUCGCGGGUACAGUGGGGCGCCGGCGUUCAGCCGCGACGGCAAGUCGGUCGCCUUCACGCGCAUGCGCGACGUGCAGUACGAGAGCGACAAGCCGCGGCUGCUGCUCGUGCCGGACGUCGCGGACCUGUCCAACGUGCAGGAGUUCUACGAGACGGCCGACGGCGAGGGCGACUGGGACCGCAGACCCGACAGCAUCCUGUGGUCCGCCGACGGCAAGGAGCUCUACGUCGUGGCCGAGGACCUGGGCCGGUCCAAGCUGUUCAGGCUGCCCGCCAGCCCGCUGCUGGCGAAGCAGCCGCCCGAGGUCGUCUCGGACGUCGAGGGCAGCAUCGGCGACGUCAGGGCCUACCCGGGCGGCAAGGUGUUCGCCAGCGGCUCCAGCCUCACGGACAACUCGCUGUACACCGUGAUCGACCCCUCGGCCAAGACCACCAGCCUCGCCUCCUCCAACACCAAGCAGGGCCGGGCGUUCGGCCUGUCGAGGGCGCAGGUCGACGAGAUCUGGUUCCGCGGCGCGGGCGACUACGACGUGCACGCGUGGGUGGUCAAGCCGUCCGACUUCGACCCGUCCAAGAAGUACCCGCUGGCGCUGCUGAUCCACGGCGGGCCACAGGGGAUGUGGGCCGACAGCUGGUCGACGCGGUGGAACCCGGCCGUGUUCGCGGAGCAAGGGUACGUGUGCGUGAUGCCGAACCCGACGGGUUCGACGGGCUACGGCAUGUCCCUCGAGAACGGCAUCCGCGGCGAGUGGGGCGGCAGGCCGUACGAGGACAUAGAGCUGUGCUUCGAGCACGUCGCCGACAAGCUCGGCUCCUACGUGGACGUCGGCCGCGCCGUCGCCGCGGGCGCUAGCUACGGCGGCUACAUGAUCAACUGGAUCCAGGGCCAGCCGCUCGGCCGCAAGCUCAAGGCCCUCGCGUGCCACGACGGCGUCUUCAGCACCCUCAACCAGUACGCGAGCGAGGAGCUGUUCUUCCCCAUCCACGACUUUGGCGGCGAGCUGUGGAAGAACAGGGAGGGCUACGAGAGGUGGGACCCCGCGAGGUAUGUGGACCAGUGGGCGACGCCGCAGUUGAUUAUCCACAGCGAGCUCGAUUACAGAUUGCCCGUGACCGAAGGCCUGGCUGCCUUCAACGUGCUACAGUCUCGGGGUGUCCCCAGUAAGCUCCUGGUCUUCCCGGAUGAGAACCAUUGGGUGUUGAAACCAGAGAACUCCCUGGUCUGGCAUAAUGAAGUGAUUGGCUGGCUCAAUAAGUACUCCGGUAUUGGUGACGACAAGGGUGAUACAAGCGUGUCACGAUGA